UAUAAUCUUUUACCUCAUAUUUCAAAACAUCAAAAUUCCUCCUUUCCAUCCUUCAUCAAAACCAUCUCUGGCAGAUCUGGGGAGAAAUUAAACCGGGUGUGCCCCAAACCUGCAAACAUUUUCUUACUAAUGAAAUCUGAGAACAUUGAACUUCAAAGGCACAUGUGACCACGGAGCAUCAGGACUUUUGUUUCAGGAUAGAAUUGUGUUUUUUGAGGGGUCCUGUAGCAAAGGGCAGGGAUGCUGUGACCGAGCGAGUCUUGCUCCAGCAAUUGCAUCCCCUCUGCCUGAAUGACCAGUUUUGGAAGGAGCCUGCAGACAUGACUGUCAGUGUCUGAGGUUUCAGGUUGUGUUUUAGGGUAGGACCUCACUGCCCAGCUCCAGCCAGCUGUACCCAAAAGUAAAUGUUUGGGGGCAAUCACUUAUUUAUUGUAGUCAACAUAAAAGCUGGGCAAGUGACACCUAGAAGAAAAUAAGAUGACAAAAAAAAAUGUGCAAAGACUCAUUUCGUUACUCACGGUUUUUUGCAUUUGCGAAUGUAAGUAGUUUUUGAAGUUCUCUUGGGACUUACAUUCCUACAACAGCAUAAAGCCAAACGUGGAUUUCAAAAAAGGUCCCUAAGGGGCUUUCGUUAAGUGCAAAAUCAGUGCAGAGGUCUCUCGCUCCUCUCACGUACUCUUAUCCCAAGUGGUGGUGGCGGUGGGGAGCGCUUCAGUAGCACGCAAGCUCUUUUGUUCCUCCUCCGCAAAGUAGAGGUGGUGUGGCCCGAGGCUUUGCGGGAUAGCGUCCCCCGCGGAGUUCAAGUCUAGAUCCGCCAGCGCUGAGCCCCCGGAGGGAGGAGGGGGCGGGCUCAGGGAGUCCCUCCUUCGGGGGCGGGGCCAAGGGCUGCCCGGCCCUGCAGAGCGGAGGUCUACGGGCUCCAGUUUAGUAAAGCGCAUGCAAACCCGGCCAGAAGCCACCGCACUUAUCAGCAGAUCUCAUGAUUGUUUGGUAAAGGCUCUGCGGGUCUACACAGGUCACCUCCCUCGGAACUCCGCGACUCCACGUCGGAGCCAGCCCUCGGCCCCCCGCAGUCGGACGGUUACAGCCGCGGGAGACCUGGAGGCGGUGGCAGCGGCCCAGGAACUAGCAGCAGCGCCCGGGAAAGAAGCAGAAAGAGAAGAGUAUUGUCUCCUAGGAAUCCAGCCCUGGAGAAACGCUCCUGACUUGAAUGUCCCGUUCCUGCGCUCUGUCCUCAGGCCUCUUCUUUCUCCCUUUUUCCACUCUCCGUGGUGACUUCCAUCAGGCUGUGACUUCAGUUACCACCUCUGCACCAGAGACUAACACAAGGAAAAUUCUUCCCAGGAUGGUCUCCCAUUCAGAGUUGAGGAAACUUUUCUGUUCAGCUGAUGCAGUGUGCUUUGAUGUUGACAGCACAGUCAUCAGAGAAGAAGGAAUUGAUGAGCUGGCCAAAUUCUGUGGAGUUGAGGAUGCUGUGUCAGAAAUGACACGGCGAGCCAUGGGCGGGGCAGUGCCUUUCAAGGCUGCCCUCACAGAGCGCUUAGCUCUGAUCCAGCCCUCCAGGGAACAGGUGCAAAGGCUUAUAGCAGAGCACCCACCACACCUGACCCCCGGCAUAAGGGAGCUAGUAAGUCGCCUACAAGAGCGAAAUGUUCAGGUUUUUCUAAUAUCUGGAGGCUUUAGGAGCAUUGUGGAGCAUGUUGCUUCAAAGCUCAACAUCCCAUCAACCAAUGUAUUUGCCAACAGGCUGAAAUUCUACUUUAAUGGUGAAUAUGCAGGUUUUGAUGAGAUGCAGCCAACAGCCGAAUCUGGUGGGAAAGGAAAAGUUAUUAAACUUUUAAAGGAAAAAUUUCAUUUUAAGAAAGUAGUCAUGAUUGGAGAUGGAGCCACAGACAUGGAAGCCUGUCCUCCUGCUGAUGUUUUCAUUGGAUUUGGAGGAAAUGUGAUCAGGCAACAAGUAAAGGACAACUCGGAAUGGUACAUCACCGAUUUUGUAGAGCUUUUGGGAGAACUGGAAGAAUAAGAUCACUUUUUAUACAGUUCAUAACAACUUCAGGUUAAUUUUUAAAAGUUAUACAGUUUGAUACUGUUUGCUUCCAAUUGCAUAUUAGGACUUAAUAUAUAAAUUUAGUACUGAUUAUCUGUACUUCCAAGUAAACUAUAGUUAGGGCUCGUAGAACAUUGUGGUUCUUUUUUUUUUUUUUUAACUGUAGUUCUGGUAUUAUUAUGACCACUUAAUUACCUGGAGAGUUUUAUAAUUUGAAUUCUUUAUGUAUUUUCCUAGCUAUAUUUUAUUUGAAGGCUUUUGAAGGUGGAUAGUAAAUUAAACACCUUCAUUAUUGGAAAUAUGGAUUAGGCAGCUUUAAGUGAAAUUGGUUUUCCCUUUAUAUAUAAAUAAAAUUUUAUCCACAUAUCAGAA